AGUAAUCUAGGUGUGAUUUCAAGAUGGUGAAAAUAUUUGUAGGCAAUCUAGCCACAAGCACCACAGAGGAAGAGCUGCGUAGCCUCUUCACCCAGUAUGGUAAGAUCUCAGAAUGCGACAUCCUUAAGAACUACGGUUUCGUCCACAUGAGCAGUCAGACUGAGGCCGAGGAGGCUAUCCGUAACCUCCACCACUAUGAGCUGAACGGUGAAGCCAUGAAUGUGGAGAUGAGCAAACGGAGGCCAAAGUCCACCACCAAACUGCAUGUCAGUAACAUCCCGGAAGACUGCAGCAGUGUGGACCUGAAGGCCAAGUUUGAGGAGUACGGCCCUGUGGUGGAGUGUGACAUAGUGAAGGACUACGCCUUUGUGCACAUGGAGUGUGUGGAUGAUGCUAUGGAGGCCAUCAGCAAACUGGACAACACGGCCUUCCAAGUAAAGUGGGUGCACCAUGGUCAAAAUAUUCAUUGGCAACCUGUCACCAGACACCACAACAGAAGAGCUACGCUCCCUUUUCUCCCAAUAUGGCAAGAUCUCAGAGUGUGAUAUCGUCAAGAACUUUGGCUUCGUCCACAUGGAUGACAAGGCAGAGGCAGAUGAAGCAAUCCGUAACCUCCACCACUAUGAACUGAAUGGGCAGGCUAUGAACGUUGAGCUUAGCCGUGGCAAACCCAAAGCCUCCACCAAGCUACAUGUAGGCAAUAUCGGCUGCACCAACCAAGAACUACGGGCCAGGUUUGAGGAGUACGGCCCUGUGGUGGAGUGUGACAUAGUGAAGGACUACGCCUUUGUGCACAUGGAGUGUGUGGAUGAUGCUAUGGAGGCCAUCAGCAAACUGGAUAACACAGCCUUCCAAGGCAAACUGAUGAGCGUGAAGCUUUCGACUAGCCGCCUGCGUACUGCGCCGGGAAUGGGAGAAAGGACGGGUUGUUAUCGGUGCGGGCAGGAAGGUCACUGGUCCAAAGAAUGCCCAUUAGACCAAAACGGGAACUACAGAAACGGUUCAGAGUCAAACUCAGACGGAUACGGUGCCCCCAGGUUCGGCGGGGAGGGGGGUCGCGGCCGGGGUCACCAAGGUUUCGCAGGCAGCUACGCUCCCGUGCACGGUUUUCCCAGGGGUUAUGGCAGCGGUGGAGGUAUGCCCGGGUAUGCCCGUGGCGUGGGCUACGAGAGCGCUAUGAGUUACGGGGUUCCACCAAGUUACAGCAUGAGUGCAGCUGCUGCGGCAGAACAUAGCAUGGCCCGGAUGUACAGCGGCGAGGCCGCGUUCGGGGGCAACAGCUCAAACUACGGCGCGGUACCUGCAUACCCGGUGCGACGGCCGUCCUACGAGGACCGGGAUCCAUAUGGUGUGGUGGACUUCUAUGAGAAGUACCGGGCUCGCCCUUAUGGGGGCAGUUAUUUCGAGGAGCGUCGUUCUGUCCCCUUAAGCACCCAGCUUCCCUCCUCCUCGGCCAUAAUGAGGGAGCGCCUGCCGCCCUCUAGCCUCGACCCAUACGAGCGCCGUCCCCUUCCUCCUCCACCUGCCCCUGCGUCCUCAUACUACGCACGUGACCGGAGCCCCAUUCGGAGAAUCCCUGCUGACGCCGAGGGCUACGGGUUCGAGCGUUCACACCUUUCCCCGGUGUCCGCCCUUCCUAGGAGCUCGGCUUACGACAUCCCGCGGGAUCCCUACGGCGAGCGUGCGCGCUUUGCUUACUAACUUUACUUCCACACCUGCCAGGUGAGAGCUGACUGGCCGUCCAAGGUCAGGGCUGUGCUCUGCUGAGUCUCAUGGGACUCAAAUUGCAAUUUGAACACCAAGGCCCAGUUUCACAGUCAUGGAUUAAGCCUAGUCCGAAAGUCUGAGAAAAAUUGAAUGAAUAUCUCUGUUGAUUUCUUUUUUUGUCUAGGUCUAGGCUUAAUCCGUGUCUGGGAAACUGGGCCCAAGUGUUUAAUAACCUGGUUGUCUAGAUACCAUUUAGAUUAAGUACAAGGCGUGGGAAAUGGGAAAA